ACCUCCUGCAGUCAGCCCUGGCAGCAAGAAAAACAAAACCACACAAACUAAGACUCACACCCAACUCACUGAGGCGUCGUGUCUGUUAGUUCCUGUGUGGUUAGCGUACUGACUGAAUGAUUGGCUGAACUCCAGGAGAAAGGGGUGGAAUAUCACAAUUUGGAAACUGACACAGGGACGCCGAAUCAGCCUUACCUACCCUAAAAGCCUUAUUGGAGUACCAGUUGAAUGCUGAGUGGCUCAAGGGGAUCUCCCGCUAAAAAACAGCUUCGCCUUUCGAUAUGGAAGCCACGGCCAAGUUUGAUUUCAACGCCUCUGGGGAGGAUGAGCUGAGCUUUCGAGCUGGGGAUAUUCUGAAGAUUCUAAGCUCUCAAGAAGAGUGGUUCAAAGCUGAGCUGAAGAGUCACGAAGGUUAUGUCCCCAAGAACUUCAUAGAGAUCCACAUCCCUGGCUGGUUCCACGAGGGGAUCUCCCGUCACGAAGCAGAAAGCUUACUCAUGGGCAAAGAAGUUGGCUCCUUCAUCAUCCGAGCCAGUCAGAGCUCCCCGGGUGACUUCUCCAUCUCCGUGAGGCAUGAGGAUGACGUUCAGCAUUUCAAGGUCAUGAGGGAUGCCAAAGGUCACUAUUUCCUGUGGACAGAAAAGUUCCAGUCCCUAAAUCGACUGGUGGAGUACUACAAAACCUCUUCCAUCUCCAGGCAGAAACAGAUCUUUCUGAGGGAUGGGACCCGAGAAGAUCAGGAGCGGAGGGGCGGAAGCCUGGACCGCAAAGCCCAGGAAGGCCUGGGUCUCGGCGGGGCUUGUGGAGAAGAAAUCCGGGCGCCUGUGAACAGGAAGAUGUCAGAUCUCCAUCCUCCCCCUCCAACCACGUAUCAGCAUCAGCAGGCCCACCAGUAUCAACGAGCACAGCAGGCCCAGAAGCCUCAGCAACGCUAUCAGCCCCACCACCCUUUCCAGCAGGAUCGGCGCGGAGGCAGCCUGGAUAUGAAUGACGGGCAGCGGGGCCCGACAGCGAGUGGUGAAGGCAACGCGGCCCUCAUGCAUCGCAGGCACACAGACCCAGUAACCCAGCAGGUGACUGGGCGAGUGCAGUGGGUUCGCGCCCUGUACGACUUUGAGGCCGUGGAGGACGACGAGCUGGGGUUCCGCUUUGGAGACAUAGUGGAGGUCCUGGACAGCUCCGACCCUUUCUGGUGGACGGGGCUCCUGAACAGCCGGCUGGGCCUCUUCCCGGCCAACUACGUCAUCCCUGUGAUCCGAUGAGCCGCCCUGAGCUGUGGGAAAGAGUUGGGGGGCGGGGGGAGGUGGAAGGGGAGCCCGGCACGGAACUGCUCUCUCCGGCCUAGCUGGUACCUAUGUAUAUACGCCUAGAUGUACACUGUCUUAUUACCAUAAUUUAUUGGCGAUUUUGUUGAAUAAUUGGUCUGAAAGGGGCUGAAAUCGAGAUAUUUGUCCUCCUGUUCCUUCCUCCUAACAAGUGUGCUAAGGGAGUGAAUGGAACCCUUUGAUUGUCCUUGUCCAUUAAAUCU